AUGGGGUUUCUCAACCAAUAUUAUGGAAUUACACAAUCUUCAGAAAUAGAUGAUUAUUUAAUCGUAAUGGAAUGUGCUGUUCAAGGAAGUAUUAGAUUAUACCUGAAUGGAAGAUUCAACACAAUGAGUUGGUAUGGAAAGAUGAAUAUACUCACAAACAUAACACGUGGAUUAGAGUGGAUGCAUGAAAUCAGAAACUCUUAUACUUUCACUCCUACUCCGCUUCUUUAUGUUAGUCGUCUUGAAGCUGUUUAUCAUAGUAGAUUAUUGAAAUUUGAUGAUAUGCUUAGAAUCCUUAAUACUGACGGAAGGUUCAAGCUGCAAAAUUCUUAUUUAGAUUCCGUCUCAGAUUUUAAAGAAUUGAGAACACUGAAUCUUUUCUAUGCUGACAAGACCAUGUAUAUCGAAAGAAUUGAGAACAAUAGAUUUGUCCUAAUGUUCUUGCGACCAAAACGAUUCGGCAAAUCACUGUUAUUGUCCACACUUAAAUAUUUCUACGAUAUUAACGAAGCGCCAUAUUUCCGGUCAUUAUUUGGAUCGCUCGAUAUAUGCAAGCAUGCGUCAGAGCUGUCACACAACAAGUUCCUUAUCCUUAAGUGGGAUUUUUCUAAGAUUCAAAGCUCGGUACAUUUUCGUUCUCAAUUUGAUGAUUGGUCAAGUGGAAACGAAAAUGUUUAUAAGAUAAGAGAUGCGCGUUUAUCGGCAAUUGUGGAUAAGAAGCUCGAACAGUGGCAACGGCACGGAACCGAUAUGGUUGCACUUAAACGAUUGCAUAAUUAUCACUAUGGGAUUUCUCAAUCAAGUAUGCCAUCUCCAAUCUUUGAAUAUCGAAUAUUGCAUGAUAAUAGUAACAUCGUUCAGUAUAAUGGAAUUACACAAUAUGAUUAUAUGAUCGUAAUGGAAUGUGCGGUUCAAGGAAGUAUUAGAUCAUACCUGAAUGGAAGAUUCAACACAAUGAAUUGGUACAAUUGGUGUGGAAAGAUGAAUAUACCUCAAGCAUAA